AUGAAAAGUACUUUAAUUGCUUGUCUUGUCUUGAGUGUUUUUUGUGUUGAAAUAUCUCUCAACAAUGUUGCCACAACAUAAGCACUUGAGAAAUUAAAAGAAUCUUAAUGGGCAUCAUUUAUAGUUGAUUUUGCUGAAGUGGAGUUAUCAAGUGGUGGUGCACUUACAGAAUUAGUAGAAGCUAUUAAUCAAUUAAUUGAAUAAUUAGAAGAGGAAUUAGAUGAUAUUAAUCAUGCCUAUUCCAAAAGAACAGAUGAGCAUAAUCGUGAUGUGACUAGAUUAGAAUAAGAGAUUUAAGAUGCUGAUAGAGGUAUUGUAUUUUCAUUUAAUCUUUUUAUUAGAUAUCUUUAAUGGUGAAGAUUUUAUUGAUAAUGUUCUUAUUCCUUAAAAAGAGAGAUUUUAAUCUGCUUUAGCAUAAUUGAAAACAAACAUUGAAGAAAACAGAAGAGUCCUUGAUGGAGAAACUGUUAAUAGAAAGAAAUAGCAUGAAUAAUUUUUAUCUAAUAUUGCUGAAAUCAAUGAAGCUAUUGGUGCUGUUGAUGAAUCUCUAGGAUUAUUAUCAUAGAUUGCAAAUCCAUCACUUGUUUAAUUCAAGAGAGUCUAAACAAAUCUUAAUAGAAUUUAAACAUCAUUCUAAAAUCAUUCAUCAUUUGCACCAAUCAUUAGAGCACUCCUUGAAUUAGCAACUGAAUAAAAUUUCGCUGAUUAAGGUUCUCUUUAAUAAGUAAAAUAUUCAAUUUAUUAUAGCUUGUUAAAAUCUUUAAUGAAUUAAGAGUCUAAUUUGUUGAUUCACUUAAUCAAGAGACUGCUGAUGAAAAUGCUGCAGAAACUAAAUUUGCAGAAAGAGUUACUUAAUUAGAAAAAGAAUUUGCUGAAUUCUAAAGAGCAGUUAUGAUCAAGAACUCAGAAUUAGCUGCUAAUGAAUGUAUUUAAAUUUAAUAAAAUAUAUAGAAAAACUAGGAGAAACCAUAGUCUAUGUAGGAUAAAGAAAAGAUGAUAGAGCAACCCUCUAAGCUUAAUUAUAAGCAGAAAAUGAUAACUAUGCUUCUGAAACUGAUUUAUAUAAUAGAACUGUCACUGAAUACAAUAAAGAAAUUGAAAUUAGUAAGUAGGCUCUUGGUUUAUUAACUUAACCCAGUUUCGAAUAAUACGUUAAAUCAAAAGUAGGAAUUUGAUU